CCAUACCACAGACUGAGUGAAGAAAAAGGAUGGGUUCAUAUUCCCCUACCAAUAUUCCAUCAGAGCCACCGCAACGCCGCCAUGUUGUUCUGUUCCCUUUCAUGUCCAAAGGACACACCAUCCCACUCCUCCACCUCUCCCGCCUCCUCCUCUCCCGCGGCCUCAACGUAACCGUCUUCACCACCCCGGCCAACCGCCCCUUCAUCGACCAAUUCCUCUACGGCACCACCGCCGCCUCCGUCGUAGACAUCCCUUUCCCUCAAAACAUCCACCCCGAAAUCCCCGCCGGCGUCGAGAGCACCGACAAGCUCUCCUCCGUCGACGAACGCCUCUUCUACCCCUUCGCGCUCGCCACAAGACACAUGCAAGCUGACUUCGAGAAAGCUCUAGGCUCUCUUCCACGUGUCAGCUUCAUGGUUUCCGACUCCUUCCUCUGGUGGACGCUAGACUCUGCCACCAAGUUCGGCUUCCCGAGGCUCGCCUUCUACGGCUUCAACAACUACGCCGGCUCCGUGACCAGAUUCGUAGCCCAGAAUGGCCUCCUCCACGGCCCGGAGUCCGAUAACGAGUUAAUCACGCUGACUCGGUUUCCUUGGAUCAAAAUUACCAAAGAGGACUUCGGUUCUUCUUUCAGAAACCAUAGUCCUGAAGGCUCGGAGUUUCUCAUGAACGUCGUGGGAGCCGUCGUUAACAGCUUCGCCGUUGUCACAAACAGCUUCUAUGAGCUCGAACCAGUCUUCGUCGACUGCUGGAACACCGAGUCUUCGCCCAAGUCAUGGAAUGUGGGACCACUCUGCCAGCUGAAACCUAAAUCAGUACUCCAAGAUGACAAGCCUGUCUGGAUUGAAUGGCUAGACAAGAAGAAGGUUGAAGGGAGCCGUGUUUUGUACGUGGCAUUUGGAACUCAAGCGGUGAUCUCAUCGGAGCAGCUUCAAGAGAUAGCAAAUGCGUUGGAGAAGUCGGACGUCAACUUUCUGUGGGUGAUAAGGAAGAAAGAGAGCUAUACUUGGUGGGACUCGGAGUUCGAGGAGAGGGUGAGAGGGAGAGGGAUGGUGGUCAGCGAGUGGGUUGACCAGACGGAGAUACUCAACCACGAGAGCGUGGAGGGUUUUUUGAGUCAUUGCGGGUGGAACUCGGCGAUGGAGGCCAUUUGCGCCGGAAUGCCGAUUCUGGCGUGGCCGAUGAUGGCGGAGCAGCCGCUGAAUGCGAGGAUGGUGGUGGAGGAGAUAAAGGUUGGUUUGAGAGUAGAGACGUGCGACGGGUCGGUUAGGGGGUUUGUGAAGGCGGAGAGGCUUGAGAAGAUGGUGAAGAAGUUGAUGGAGGGGGAGGAGGGGGAGGUGGUGAGGAAGAAGGUGAAGGAGGUUGGUGAGGUGGCGAGGAAGGCUGUGGAGGAGGGCGGGUCCUCGUGGCGGACGUUGGGGUUGCUCAUUGAUGAGGUAUGCAGUAAAGAAAACUAGUCAGUCGUUAUUAAUGGUUUUCAUUGUCUAUGUAAUAAUGAGGUCGCGGGUAAGGAAUUCCUGGUCGUUAGGAAUUAAUUCUCGAGUCUCUGCAAUUGAAGGAACCUAGAAUAAAUCAGAAACGAUAUGGACCAUUUAUGGUUCUUGUUCACCGGAAAUGGUUACGCAAUUCCAACCUGACAGGAAUGACUGUUACAUCAAAAAUGUUAAUUUUCAUGAUCAGAGUCCAGAUCAUUUUCUUGGAAUAUGCUUUUCUUUUUCAACAAAAGAAAAAAAAAAUUUCUUGUAAUGAAUUCAAGGGUAUUUAAGAGCCCAAAGACAUAUGCCUGUAUCACAUAAA